UCUUCUCCUGGACCACUGAUGUUCUCAAUUAUGUCUAUUUCUUACAUACUUCAUCAAACUGUUUAUUUCCAUAUCAGACUCUCUGUGCUCCACAAACCCCACGCAAUUGGGUUCCACUUUGUGCAGAUUCUCCCACUGGUUUUAAUAUUUAACUCCCACAUGCUUCUGUGUAUGUGUAACUUUCUUGUUGUGCUAUAGGCAUAUUUGAGAGAGUUUAUGUUUGAGUACUGUACAUCACUUCUAUUUAUUUAGCAACACUAACACUAUGGUUAGUCUUGCUAACUUGGACUGAAGAGAUCAGGCUAAAAUCAACUGAGUGGCUCAUGUCAUUUCCCCAUCCCUGAACUCAGAGAGCCUUCUAUCUCUGAUUAAAUCCUGAGGGAGGUGUCGACAUCCUCUGAAGAGAUCAUCAACUCAGCCAGGGUCUUUGUCCUCUCAGAAACACAACUGAGUGUCUGUAGAUAAAAUCGGCUUGGCUCAAUUUUCCAUGCUCUCUGGAGACCAGAUGUGAGUCAGCAGAGGUGAUCACAGCAAAGACCUUGAUUUAGCACCAGUGCAACCAUGGUCCAGAGGGUGGCAGUGAUCGGAGCAGGGCCUUCAGGUCUGACCAGCAUUAAAGCCUGUUUGGAUGAAGGUUUGGAGCCAACCUGCUUUGAAAGCAGCCAAGCCAUCGGAGGGUUGUGGAGAUUUAAGGAGACCCCAGAGCUGGGUAGAGCAAACAUCUAUCCAUCUGUGAUCAUCAACAGUUCCAAAGAGAUAACUUCAUUCAGUGACUUCCCUCCUCCGGCUGAAUUUCCAAACCACAUGCUCCACUCUGAGGUUCUCCUGUAUCUGCAGCUUUACGCUCAGGCCUUCAAACUGCUGCAAUACAUCAACUUUGAGACCACUGUCGUCACUGUGAGGCAGGUCCAGGGUUUUGCUGUGAAAGGACAGUGGGAGGUUGAGACUGAAAGUAGAGAUGGUCAGAGGAGGAUUCAAGUGUUUGAUGCAGUGAUGGUUUGCACCGGUCACUACACAAAACCCCAUCUACCUCUCCAGGACUUCCCAGGUUUCCAAGCUCUCUAUUUCAUUACUAAUGUUUUCAAUUCAGGUAUUGCAGAGUUUCCUGGAAAAUAUUUCCACAGUUGGGAAUAUUGCAAUGCUAAGGGUCUGGAUGGGAAAACGGUGGUGGUGAUCGGUGUCGGGAACUCUGGAAGUGACAUUGCUGUGGACAUUAGUCGGGUGGCUGAGAAGGUGUACCUGAGUACGCGGAGUGGAGCCUGGCUGGUCAGCCGUGUUGGACCAGGCGGUAUACCAGCUGACUUGAUUGGAACCUCUCGCAUGCACAUGAUGAUCAAGAGGCUUUUUCCAUCUCAAGUUGAAAAGAUGGUGGAGAACAAGCUCAACCAAACAUUAGACCACAGUCUCUAUGGACUGAAACCAAAACAUGGUUUCUUUGACCAGAUUCCUGUCGUGAAUGACGAGCUGCCAGCACGAAUUAUUUCAGGCCGUGUUCAGGUGAAGCCAAAUGUGAAGCGCUUCUGUGGCUCCGCUGUCGUCUUUGAUGAUGGAAGUAUUUUGGAUAAAGUAGAUGUGGUGGUGUUUGCCACAGGUUACAACUACAGCUUCCCUUUCUUGCCGUCAGCUCUCCAAGCUAAAUGUGGUCACCGUCUGUGUCUCUACAAACACGUCUUUCACCCAACGCUGACCAAACCGACCUUGGCCGUGGUGGGAUUCAUCCACGGUCUUGGAGCCAUCAACCCACUGGCUGAGAUGCAGGCUCGAUGGGCCACCAGAGUUUUUAAAGGAUUAACGACUGUACCAUCCAAGGAAGCCAUGAUGGAAGAGAUCGAGAGGGAUACAGCCACCAUGCAUCAGAAAUUUGCCUGCUCUGAGCGCAACCCCCUCCAGGUGGAGUACAUCCCAUAUCUGGACUCCCUGGCCGAGCUUGUGGGAGCAAGGCCAAAUGUGCUAAGGCUCUUGCUGAGGGACCCAAAACUGGCUCUGCAAGUUCUGCUCGGACCCUGCACCCCUUAUCAGUACCGUCUUACUGGACCUGGCCAGUGGCCAGGAGCCCGAGAGGCCAUCUUGACUCAGUGGGACCGAGUGCUAAAACCCUUUAGAACCAGAGUAGUGUCAGAACCAGAGAGCAACGGCGGCUCAACUAGGCCGAGAAUGUUAAUGAUUUUUGCAGCUGCGAUUUUCCUCUGCUGUGUCUACAAGAAACAGAAAAGCAUGUCUUUGCUCUCACAUCUGCCAAAUAUUAAAGCAAUGUGGUGA